UUGCGUUACAGCAGGCCUCGCUCUGUAUUCCAAAGUUAUACGGGCACGGCUAGCUCUAGGUGCCGCCUUGUUUCCGGAACGUCUUUGCCGGCCUCACCCGACUAGGUGUUGGCAACAUGCCGGAAGAGGCUAACAGCAAGAUACCCAUCACCGUAGUUACAGGGUUCCUUGGAGCCGGAAAAACAACUCUUGUGAACCACAUAUUAAACGCUAAUCAUGGGAAAAAGAUUGCUGUUAUCGAGAAUGAAUUCGGCGAGGUUGGGAUUGAUGAUGCCCUUGUCAUGGAGAGCAAGGAGGAGAUUUUCGAGAUGAACAAUGGCUGUGUGUGCUGCACGGUGCGUGGGGACCUGAUUCGCAUUCUCAACAAGCUCAUCAAGCGCAAGGGCAAGUUCGACGCUAUCAUGAUUGAGACUACCGGGCUUGCUAACCCAGCGCCCGUGAUCCAGACCUUCUUCGUGGAUGAGAACAUUAAGGACGCCUGCGUGCUGGAUGCCGUGCUGACGGUGGUGGACGCCAAGCAUGUGAUGCAGCACCUCAACGACGUCAAGCCGGACGGGGUGGUCAACGAGGCCGUGCAGCAGGUGGCAUUCGCGGACAAGAUUCUCCUCAACAAGACUGACCUGGUCUCGGCCGAGGAGCUGGAGGACGUCAAAGAACGGAUCAAGCACAUUAACAAGCCUGUCGAGGUCAUCGAGUGUCAGCACAGCGCGGUGGAUGUGUCACGGCUGCUGGGCAUCAAUGCCUUUUCUCUUGAGCGGCUGCUGGCCAUGGAUCCGGAGUUCCUGGAAACUGGCGAGGAUCACGAUCACGGCCAUGAUCACGAACACCACCACCAUCACCACGGCCAUGACCACAAAUGCGACGAGCAAUGCAAGGACGGCAAGCACCACCACGAGCAUGACGAGGAGCACCGUAAGGAGGGGAAGCAGGGGAAAGGCAAGCACGAGCACCACCACGACCACAAGCACGACGACCGUGUGACCAGCGUGGGUUUCCAGCUGGAGGGCGAGCUGGACAUGCAAAAGCUAAAUGUGUGGCUGUCAAAGCUGCUGCAAGAGCGCGGACCAGAUCUCUACCGUUCCAAGGGCAUCCUGUCCAUUAUGGGCUCCAGUGACAAGCACGUCUUCCAAGGGGUGCACAUGCUGCUGCAAUUCUCCUCGAGCGCGGAGGGUGUAGGGCGACCAUGGAAGGAGGGCGAGAAGCGCAUUAGCAAGGUGGUGUUCAUCGGCAAAAAUCUUAAGCGGGAGGAGUUGCUGGAGGGGCUGCAGUCAUGCCUGGCCAAGCCCGAUGAACCUGCCAUGAAGAAAGCCAGGAUAAGCGAGGAAAUUGAUACGGAGGUGGUGUCCUAGGUUAUAUUGAGUGUGGUAACGUCAGGACAGCCAUGCCGGCCACGAGUAAGGAAUCUGCAGACCAUACACGGGAGCGUGCGUAGGAUGUCACCGUCGAGUUGAUGCAGUGAUGAAGCGAUACAUUUAGGUAACGUGUGAAGACAUAUCUGAUGGCUAUAUAACAACGGUAGUAGUAGUCCGGAAGCCGAAACAUGGUUUGGAAGUUGUAACCUGGGGGUUGUUACUCAUGACAUACGUACAUACGUAAUGACAUGUUUUUGUAACCAACGGAGUCUG